AGCGCAAAGGUUGCAGCCAUUCUGAGUGUGUGUCCGGAGAGAGCUGCAAGGCGCCAAGUGCAGCCGCGUCGACCGAUCGUCGACUUUGCCAUGGUUUGAAGUGGAUUGCGCCGCUCCAGCGUCUGUCCCCGCGUGACAGAUGAUACGAGCUUGGUGACCAAGUGCGUGGCUUGAUCGAACCUGCUGAAAAGUCAUCCAAAAAUCGCAGAUAUGAGGGCCCAACUGCUAACAACUGUGAUCUACUCCUUCAUGGUGCUGAGCCUGAGCGCCAGGGUCAACGGCCUGACCCCAACCAGCAGCGAAGGCAUCGUAACAACCCCGGCUCCGGAGCAGGCGCCGGAAAUGGACGCCGUCCGAGUGGAAUGCGCCAACGACGAGAUGCUGGUGACCAUCGUUCCAGCGGCCGCCCCCGCGCCUCCUCCCUCGCAGGCCGCCAGACUCGGUCUGCUUGCCGAACCCGGUCUCUUCAGCGGCAUGGUCUACCCCCGGGGACUGACCAAGAACAGCUCUUGCCUUGUCGAGUACGUCCGCAUGACUGGACCCUUGCUCUACAGGCUGCCCCUCAGCUAUUGCAACACCAUGAGCAACGAUACAGAGGAUGGUGGUGUUGAAUACUUCAACACAAUCGUGGUGCAGCCUCACCUGAAGCUUGUGACCUCCCAGGGUCGAGGAUACCAAGUCAAAUGCCGCUACGAGACAAGGGAAAGAACGCCGAUCGUCGUCGCCGUGAACAAAACGCUCGUUGGUCAAGAGCAACUGACAGCGGCUCUGGUCGACCCGGCCUCGCUGCCCGGAGUGAUGAUGAGGAUCUACACCGGCGACGGCAGCACCAAGCAGGUGCCCGAGAACGUCAAAAUCGGAGAUCCACUCUCCAUGUUCAUCAACCUGGAUGAGCAGGAAAAGUACGGAAUCACAAUCUCCGACUGCAUGGUCAGAGACGGACUCAAGUGGGGAGAGCAGCGCCUUUUGGACAAGUCCGGGUGUCCGCUGAACCACGAGAUCAUGGGCCAGUUCGUUUACAACAAAGAGAUGACCAAGGCUCACGUCAGCUUCCCUGCCCACAAGUUCCCCUACACUUCUUCCGUCUACUACCAGUGUCACGUACGGUUGUGCAACAAAGCUAUUGGUGAUUGCGAGGUGCCGAAUUGCAAUAAGACGCCAAACAGCGCCAGGCGCCGCAGGCAAGAUUCAGGAGACGACGGUGCUCCGGCCACCAUUGAGGUCUUCAGCGGACUUUAUGUCAACGAAGGUGCUGACACCAGCAACCUGAACAAUCCGGAUGACGUCAGCAGGGAGAGGUCACCUGACGACCCCGACAGCCUGUGCAUUUCGCAACGCACAUUCGCCCUGGCCGUGGCAAUCGCAGGCCUCGUGCUGAUGCUGUUGGUUCUUCUGGCGGUGCUGAUCCUGUGCGCCCGUCGGCGCAGAAGCCACAAGGACGUGUCCACCUCUGGCAGCUCACUCUACAGCGGCCCUUACACUAACACAGCCUACAGCCACAGCAGUUGAAUCACAUCCAAGUGCAAUACAGAACUCUCUUCGUGAUGACUGAAUACUUUAUAUUAUUAUUUACAAAAUUCAACUUCAUUGUGCCACAAAAAUUUAGGUUUAGUCAUAUUUAACACGAUGCUCUUAAUGUUUAAUCUUAUUACCGCCAUAAUUUAAUGCGAAAAAGAUGGGAUCCGCAACUGUCAAGUUGCUUUGGCGUAAUGAGACUGUAGAUUUUUUAGCAAAACUGUGCUCUUCAAAGGCAGCUUAACGAAAAAAAGACGACGUUUUAAUUCUAUUUCACUCGAGGUUAGGGGAAUUUCACGUGUCUAACUGUGUCGACAUUUGGCUAAUUUCCUGAGUGCUGGCUGACGAGAUGGUGUUCGCUCGGAACGAUUUUUUCUACUGUUAACUUCGUCCGGGCAAAGUUCUGUGGCAUUGGAUCAUGGUUUCAUUGAAAUUCUUAAAUGGAACUCUGGUACACCAUUGCCAAACUGACUUGAACAAUUAUUGUUUAGAUUAGUUGUCUGUGUGCGUGGGCCAAAUGUCUGGAAAGGAUUUUGAAUGCAUUUAAUAACAAAAAUUUAAUGUACAACUGACAGCAAAGUUCGGCAAAUAAAAAAAGUAUUGAAUCAGAA